AAAUUAAAAACCACUGUCCUGGCACAUCGUUAUGUUACUGUUUGUCACUACCCUCUUGAUCUGCUACUGUACCAGACCUGCUUUUUCUUGUAAUACAAUUAUUGGAUAUAGCAUACUGCAUAGUAUGCCAUGCGGUUCCCACGUGCGUUCCCACGCUCGCUGUCUGCCCUCGCUUCACACCCAAGCCAUGCUUGUGCUCUGUGCCCCCCUCUGCUCCGAAUUUAAGGGAGGCCAACAAUGACCCACUCUCACACCUUCAGCGACCUUUGCUGUGACCGGGAGUGACCGCUCACCCGGCGGCUGACCGGGCGAUCACCAGUCCAUGUGGCCGCACUGGCCUCGGCUCCCGUCAGCAUCACCAGCUACAGUGCGUUAUUCAUAUUGCGAUUCUCGUGUAUACAUUUAAAAGUGCGUGUAACUCUUAGAAAUAAAGAGAUCAGCCACUAAAUGUAUCACUAGCCACCGCCUGUAAUUCAACUACACUAUAUAGAAGGGCCUGUUAGUACCCUCUUAUAGAGCAAUAUAGGGUGCAAUACUGCAUACUGCAUAGUAUAGCAUACUGCAAGCUCGCAGCCUACGUGUGUCCAUAUCUAGACCACGUGCGUGCCCACUCUGUCUGCCCCUCGCUUCACCCCAAGCUACACUCUCUAAGAAUAGAAGCCACGCCGCGAGCCAAGGGAUAUAUAAGGUCAUCAAGCUGACCCGAUCUCUCCCUCAAGUUCCAGGCUAGUACAGUGGUAACGUGUCGGCUUCUCAUCCGAGGGGUCGGCGGUUCGCGCCCCGCCCAGGCGCGCGAGAAGUUGCAAUUGUCGUUCGAAGGUUACUGCUGUGACUGGGCACCACGGUGGGGAUGAAAAUGAGAGCAUCCAGUCCAACAUACAAUCUGGUUUGGUGGCAAUGGUUUUCUUCUUUCUUAUUAUCAGCGUCAUGGCCUUUCCCAACGGCCCAUUUACUAGACCACACCCAGCUAUUUGGAGAAUGGUUUUUGGUCUCUCCAUUUUAUACAUGCUGCUUCUGCUCUUCAUUAUCUUCCAGCUUCAAGUAAAUUGCUCUACCCACCCCUUUGUUCACCAUCCCUUGUUCCCCACCCUAACACAUGGCCCCCCACCCCCCUUCCGAACAGGGUGAAUGGGGACAGAAAUGUGAUGACCUUUCCUUUGGGCGACUGUGGGAGAGCGUCGACUUCUUCUGCUUUGCACACUUCGCAGGCUGGGCCAUGAAAACCCUCCUCGUACGCCAUUAUGGAAUCCUUUGGACCAUCUCUGUUAUGUGGGAAAUCACAGAGGUUGCAUUCUCACAUCUUCUUCCAAACUUCAUUGAGUGUUGGUGGGAUGCCAUCAUCCUGGAUAUCCUUUUGUGCAAUGGCCUUGGUAUCUGGGUAGGAAUGCAGUUCUGCCACCUAAUGGAGAUGCGAUACUACAACUGGGAGAGCAUCAAGGAUAUUCAAACCACAACAGGCAAGUUGAAACGUGCCGUUUUACAGUUCACCCCAGAGUCGUGGACAGCUAUGAGAUGGCUUGACCCAGCCUGCACAUACAUGCGUUUUCUUGCUGUUUCACAGCUGGUUGUCUUUUGGCAGCUGUCAGAACUCAACACGUUCUUCCUGAAGCAUAUAUUUCAGAUGCCACCAAGCCAUCCUUUGGUCUUCAUGCGAAUUUUCUUGCUUGGAGCUAUGUCAGCCCCAACCAUAAGGCAAUAUUAUAGCUAUGUGACAGAUCCUCGGUGCAAGCGAGUAGGCACACAGUGUUGGGUGUAUGGACUCUGUAUGUGUAUAGAGUCACUCAUCUGUAUCAAAUUUGGUGCUGACAUAUUCCAGCAUACACAAAUACGUAAUAUUAUUGUAUGGAUUCUUAUCCAAGCUGCUGGAUCUGUCAUGUGUGUAUACCUAUGUGUCACUCAUCAUAGGUGGCAACGUAAGCGACAGAUUAGGGUGGAUGAUUCAUUGGAUGAUGACACAGAAACUGACUCUAAGGUGUCUUCCUAUAUACAGUCACUACCUAGAAAGCAAGUAACACUUAGCACUCCUGAGGAUGAAGACAGUGAUGAUGAAGCAGAAGGCCCAAUGAAGGUACAUCGUAGGAAAAAAAAUCCUCCUUUGAGGCGCACUAACAGAUUGGAACAGUGAUUUGCAAUUUUGCAGAAGCUGAAAUCAGACAUGUGUAAGCCUAUUUAGUUAUUAUGAAAUAGAGAUGUGUACUAAAUUGUUCUAAUGGCAUUUAUGAGAUGUGAAUAUGUCUCAUAUUGUUUCUAGCAGAAACAGGAGAUUACUUGAGGUUUAAAGGAGGUACUGUAGUUAUCAUUUUUCAAAUCUGCUAUUUUCAGUAGUUCGUAUUCAAAGUUCCAUACAUUUAUGGUGGUUCUGAAUAUAAAAAAGAUUCAUAAUGAUGAAGGGAUGGUGCCUUUUGAGUGAGAUGUAUAAACUGUUGCUGCAAGUACAAUCAAAAAGCCAAACUAUGGUUUAUGAUUUUGUAUGUAUAGUAUUAACCCAGUGCUGUAUAGAUUAGAAAAUUCAGGUUUUACAUGCUUUUUGUGUAUGAUAUAAUGUACCAGAUGCCAAAAACAAAGAUGGAGAAAAGUGCAGUUUAAAUUGUGCAACUUACAAAAUGUCAUGUUUGUCAACUUUAAAUGUAGUAAAGUCAGGCUGUGUUUAACCUGUUACACCAGGGCAGCCCAAACUAUUGAGGUGGCCAGCAUAUAGGCUUGCUCCAAUUAAAUGCCCAUUAAAGGGUUUGUGUAUUGCUAGUUCAGCAGUUUCAGUCAUUUGCCAUGCAUCCCUGUUUCUGGUGGCUCCGUUUACUAAAGUAUAUUAAAAUAAGAAUUUUUAGCCAAUUUUAAAAGACUUAUCUGUGUAUGAAGAUGCAUAAUUUACAAUUUUUUGUAUCUUAACCCCUACGAUCUGGAUGACGUUACGGUCUCAUCGUGGAAAAUUCUGGGUCAAGGGCUGGGUGACGUAUACAUGACGUCUUUGGAUAAAAUGGCCACGGGCUGGGUGACGUGACCUUGCCGUCAUAAGCAAAGGCCAGGGCGAUGGAAAAGACUCUUCACGAGUGCACAAACCUCUUGGUGUGUGAUGUGACUUAUUUGGCACUUGGAAGGGAGCUCUAGCAAUAUGCAUCAUGCAUAAGUUGUGACAGGGAGGAUGCCAUUUCCAUGCUGCACACCAUAUUUCUGGCUGAUGUGACUGCAGCACAGGAAGUAAUAAAGAAAAUUGAAAAUUACGAAAAAAUUAGAUAUUACACAAACAACCAAAUGUUUCAUAUUUCAUUUUUCUUGUACUAAGUUAUUUACUACAUAGAGAGAAGAUAUGGAGUCUGUGCAGGGAAAACAAGCUAUCAAAACACAGAUAUGGGCAAUGGAAAAUGGCAAAAAACUAAAAAAAUCUUUACACAAAAUAACUUUGCAAAAGGAAGGCACAGAGUCUUGUCACCGCUCAUGGGUUUUUGCGUAUGCCUGGCCUACACGCUGCAUGCCCAGGAUGUUCACUACUGAGGUAACCUAAUGUCCGUACUUUGGGCACCGUGAUUUCAGUAACGUAACCGGAUCGAACGGGUUAAUGCACCUUGAAGAACAUUGUCAAAGCCAUAUAUAGUAUCAACACAAUGUUGAUACCUGGCUUAGCAAAAAGAAAAGAAAAAAAUGUUAACUAUGUCUCAACACCUGGGUGCAACAAGUUCAAUGUUACAUUUUAGCCAGUACAAGGAGUCAUUCACCAAAAAGUACAGUUACCAUCUCUCUGCUCCUUUGCUCCCUGAGUUCUCUUCCUCCCCGUUUAUGCAAGGCUUAUGUAACCAAAAUCAUACUAUGUUGAGGCUAAAUUAUUUUAUUGUGCUAUAUUAGUAUUAACCCUCGUUGGAUGGUAAUUUUCCAAUAUGCAAGCCUUCCAUCCUGGUUGGUAUUCAUAGUAGGUAUGUGAGGAAAAAAAAUAAACUUCAAUGAAUCCUCACAUUUGAUUGGUUCAUUGGAAAGGACUUAAAAAGACCUUUAAAUGAGCCCUAGCUUACCUCUCAAGGACAAGUAUUAAGGGAGCUCUGCCAAUUAAGAGGUUACCCAAAAUUCGUCAAUUUCAUUUUAUGAUUCAUUUAAUUAUACAGUUAGAAUUAAACCAAGACAAGUUGUGACUCAAGAUGGCCUCUGGGGCAUUUAUUUUAAAUAGGCAUAAUUCCCUCAUACUCAAGCUAUGAAAAUGAAAUAAAAAUUACCAUGAAGUUAAUGGAAAGGCUUUUUCAUCUGAAUCAUUUAUGACGAUAUUACAUAUUUAAGUAAUGAGCUAAUUAACAACACCCAAAAAUAGUAAAAUAGCCAUUGCUCGAUUAGCUUUUUGAUUAAUUGAAAAAAAGCAAAAGAAGAAAAAAGCAUAUGGCAUUAUUUUUGUAAACAAUGGCCAGCAACCAAUCAGAGUGAAUUAAUGGUUAUGUGACCAGGUCAUCACCAGUGCAUUGAAAAAAAUUACCAAAAUCAUUAAACAUUGGCACUAUCAAACCAUCUUAGUCCACACAAACACAUCAGACAUCUCUUAAACAUAUUUAUUCAAACAAUAAACACUGUAUUUGUAUGUUACAGUGAUAAUUAAUAUCGUAUUUUGGCCCAGAUCCUCUGCUUCACAUGCAUUUCCAAUACAUUGCAUUGUAGACAUUGGUGUGAAUGAAAAACAAUUGUGAUGGAACAUAUAUAGUAUCCAUCAAAUUUCACAUACUUAUAGCUAAGACAUCAAAGAAUAAUAUUGUUAGUAUUUGAAA